CUCCCUGGCAAUUGGAACCACAACUGGAUACAGACUGUUCUCCUUAAGUUCUGUGGAGCAACUGGACCAGGUCCAUGAAAGCAAUGAAAUCCCAGAUGUUUACAUCGUGGAGCGUCUGUUCUCCAGCAGCCUGGUGGUUGUGGUCAGCCAUGCCAAGCCGCAGCAAAUGAAUGUCUACCACUUCAAGAAGGGGACAGAGAUCUGCAACUACAGCUAUUCCAGUAAAAUCCUGUCCAUCCGGCUGAACCGGCAGAGGCUGGUGGUGUGCCUGGAAGAGUCCAUUUACAUCCAUAACAUCAAGGACAUGAAGCUUCUGAAGACUAUUAUGGAUACACCUCCCAACACUACAGGUCUGUGUGCUCUCUCCAUCAACCACGCCAACUCCUACUUGGCUUAUCCCGGCAGCGCGAGCAGCGGAGAGAUCGCGCUUUACGACGGAAAUACUUUGAAAACAGCCUGCACCAUUCCUGCCCACGAUGGGCCUCUGGCUGCUCUCGUCUUCAACUCCACCGGCUCCAAGUUGGCCAGUGCUUCUGAAAAAGGCACAGUCAUUCGUGUAUUUUCCAUUCCUGGGGGGCAAAAACUCUAUGAAUUCCGGCGAGGGAUGAAAAGGUAUGUGAACAUCAGCUCCCUGGUGUUCAGCAUGGAUUCCCAGUUCCUCUGUGCUUCCAGCAACACGGAGACUGUGCACAUCUUCAAACUGGAGCAUCUCACAGACAGCCGGCCAGAGGAGCCUCCAACCUGGAGUGGUUACAUGGGAAAGAUGUUCCAGGCUGCCACCAACUACCUCCCUGCCCAGGUGUCGGGCAUGAUGAGCCAGGACCGAGCCUUUGCCACCGUGCGGCUGAACAUCUCCGGGCAGAGGAACAUCUGUGCCCUGUCCACGAUUCAGAAGCUGCCUCGGCUGUUGGUGACGACGUCGGAUGGACAUCUCUACAUCUAUAACCUGGACCCACAGGAUGGAGGGGAGUGCGUGCUAAUUAAAAAUCACAGUCUGCUUGGCUCAGGAAAGAUGGAGGAGAACAAAGAAAACGACCUUCAGUCUCCAGUACCUCAAUCUUAUGCAGCAACUGUAGCCAGACAAAGUACAGUGCCUUCAACUUCGACCAUGCCAGGUUACUCGGAGGAUGGCGGAGCCCUGCGGGGGGAGGUUAUCCCAGAGCACGAGUUUGCAACUGGACCAGUCUGUCUGGAUGAUGAGAAUGAAUUUCCUCCUUGUGCAACAAAAAGACUUUUCAAAACCUCAAAACUUGUGACAAAAUGGAAUAUUCACCCGCAGCCCACGAUAAUCUUGUGCCGUGGAGGUCAGCCGGGCAAGGCGAAGAGGUCAUGAGGAGAAGCAAAACACCCACGCUUAGGACAGCUGCUGGGAGGUGCUCUGGAAAAGCCAGGAGUUUCGAAGAACAGAUCUGUGAGUCCCCGAGAUGAGAAAAAAAAAAGAUAUAAAUUAAGGUGGGCCAGACUUUUUCCCGUGUGUAAGUGAACACCUGGCCCUGUUAGCCCCUGUUUUAAUUUGUGUCUGGGUGGGGUGUCAAUGUACUGUAUGCACAAGGCUCUAUUUAACAAACUCUAUGUUAGAACCACAGUGUAAAUGCUAAUUUAAUCAGAUUUGUAUGUAACCAGAAUUUUAUAUACCCAUUUGUCCCUUUUCUAAUUUAUGCUGUUUUAUGUGUAUAAAUGUACUUAUAGGAAGAGAUAUUAAACUUAUGUCUUUGUACAGUAUAUACAGACUAUUUUAACCCAGGCAAAGUAUUUUUGCAGUGAUAUUAGAGAAGAUGCCAUUUGCUAUGUUGAAAGACAGAAUAAAGUCACAGUCUGUCCCUGGCA